AAAAAAAAAUGGUUGAAUAAGACAAAAUGUCAAGCAGCGCAGUGGAGACAAAAGAUGACGCACCCCCUCCUGUGUGCGACAGGCUGCUGUGACAGCCACUCCGUGUAAGGAGAGUACACUCACGGUUACUAUGGAAACGAGUAAACUGUGCACAGGGAAUUGGACUGAAAAGGAGAAGAAGUGUUUGGUGUACGGACACAAAGGCCAUCAGGAGUAUGCACAUAGAGGGAGAGAAAAGUGUGUUUAGGAUUGAUUUCCUUUUGUCGGCAGAGCAGAACUGAUGGACAUCCCCUUUACCCAGCCAUUACGCUAAAGAUGCCAGUUGGACCGAGAUCAUCUGCGAGCUGCGCUAAGAUGCAGACCAAACUGAGCGCCUGGACUCCACUGAACCACCCAGAGUCCAACAGCAAGGUGUUUGAAGAGAGGCGGAAGCUUCUGGCAAAGUGGUUUGCCAGGUGGUCUGACAGCCAGAGGAAGGCGCUGCUGCAGGACUUUGUGCUGAGCUGUUCUGUGGAGCAGCUGAUGUUCCUGCAGCUCACUGUGAGCAGCCGGCUCCCCCUGCAGGCCGCAGACUUCACCUGCCUGCUGCCCAGGGCCCUCUGCCUCUACCUGUUCUCCUUCCUGGACCCACGCAGCCUCUGUCGAUGUGCCCAGGUGAGCUGGCUCUGGAGGAGCAUAGUGGAAAUGGACCAGCUGUGGAUGCCAAAGUGUGUGAGGCUCGGCUGGUGCAUCAACUUCUCCCCGACCCCGCUGGAGCAGGCCGUCUGGAAGAGGCUCUACAUCCAGACGGCACAGGAGCUGCAAGUCACCUCGCUGCAGCAGUCUGUGGUUCCACACGUAUCAGCCAUCAGCAGCAGACAUGGAGAGCUCUCCGAACCGGCCUUCAUCAGCGAGGAGCCCUCAGCCACCCCCACCCCCACCCAGACACGUGGAGGAAUCUCCAGGACGGGGUUCAGAAAGGAGAAGCAGCCGACUACACCGCCCCCAUGGAAAGAUUCCGACAGACGUCCUACAGACACACUACGCUUCAACUACCUGGACAACCUGGAGCCCAGUGAAGCAGCUGUCAGAGCAGGCUCCACCGGCCGCCGCCGCCGCGGCAACACGUCGCAGCCAGACAGCGGGAGCCAGAAAACACUGUCUGAGGCCCAUUACAAACUACGCAAAGCCAAAUCGCUGAUGUUUCUGAGCUCCAACUGCAGACCCCAACACCCUCCUCCUCCUCCUCCUCCUCCUCCUCCUCAUGAGACCCAGUCUCGACCUUCUUGGGCUGCUCGCAGUCCCGAGCCCCCCGUCACCAAGGAGACGGCCAAGAGCAUGCUGCGCCUGGCCCGGUGGAAUGCUGGGGUCCGUCCGGGCCCGGUGAGGCCGGCGGUGCCCCGGCUGAGCGUGGAGGCGCUGCGGGCGGCCCAGCGAACACACCGGAGCGCUCCCAGUAAGCAAACAGCCACGGCUCCACUCCUCCGGGCUGAAGGUACACGGCUGUUCCAGGCUCAGCCCUGGACUCUUCCUGCUUCACACACACAGAAGACAUGAAGUGAGUCGUCGCCACCGUCAGGGAGACGGCACAACUACAGCUUCAGGACAAGAUUUAGAGCUCCAGCUUCACAUGGGAAGGUUCAAUAUUCAUAUUUUAUAUGAAUAUGUUUUAUAAGAAAUUUCAGUUGGCGAAUGCAUUCCAUGUUUUUGCACAUGGAAUGCAUU